UAUAAUCCGAACACUCCCCCUCGAGGCUGCGACGGUGAGAGAUUGGGGUUCGGCGCGAUCGACCUUGAGAGUUGCGUGACGAGAGAGAUGGGGCAUUCGAACGUCUGGAACUCGCAUCCCAAGAACUACGGCCCUGGAUCUCGAGUUUGCCGGGUUUGUGGGAACCCUCAUGGACUGAUCAGGAAGUACGGGCUUAUGUGUUGCAGACAGUGUUUCCGCAGUAAUGCCAAAGAAAUUGGCUUCAUUAAGUACCGCUGAAGAUGUUUGCAUUCACAGAGACUGAGCCUGCGGAAUGGAGCUCUUAUUGUCUCAGAAUGUGUUUUCUAUGAACUCUAGUUAUGUGAUCUGCUGGAUUAUAGUUCACCUAUUAAACUUUCAAUUUAUUGGAACAAUGUAGCAAGUUAAAUUCCAUGGAAUAUUUUUAUGGUGAUCAAUGUGAUGCUCCUAUGUUUCUUCCCAUA